AUCUCAUAGUUCAGAAGAGGAGACAAUCAAGCAGAGAUGGAAACAACACUCGUGCGCUUUCUUUACUAUUUGUCCACGGCAAUAUUGUUUUGGUGCUGUGCCAACAUUGUGCACGCUAUUGAAUUACCAAACUACACAGUGAUACUGCCUGAAGAAUCAGAUUUUCAGCUCAGACUCUACAAUGAAUCAUCAUGGAUCUCAGCCCGAGUUUCAGGAACUUCCUUCGAGCAGUCCUACAAGCUUGGAUUUUCCAGGUUGUAUCAAUAUAUUCACGGUGCCAAUUCUAACUCUUCAAAAAUCGCAUUCACUGCUCCAGUCCUAACGAGUGUCCCCUCGUCACCCCCCGGGGAUGGCUACAUCGUAAGAAUGUUCGUAUCGACUCACUUUCAAGGGAAGCCCCCGCAACCCAAUCCUGAACUGAAGUUGCGCAUAGAGAAGUGGAAAACUCAGUGCAUUGCAGUUAGAAAGUUCACUGGGUAUGCCAAGGAUGACAACAUCAACAAAGAAAUUGAAGCUCUUGUAACAACCCUAAACAAGAACUCGGCAACAAUACAAGACACGAGCUUCUAUACCAUUGCUAAGUACAAUGCUUCUUCUCAUAAUACCGCUGAUCGCUUAAAUGAAGUGUGGAUUAAAGUGUCAGGAGUCAGGACUGAAUAUUGCUAACGGUUGUUUCCAUCGGUUAAGUGCAUGCAGUAUCCUGUUUUAGUGUCAUUGUGCUUGGAGUGGCUUGUUUCAGUGGUGUUAUGUGUGAAAUGUGUUGUUUUCGUUGUGGGUCCAAUGUAAAUAAUGCUAGCUCCCGCUUGGAAUAUGCAUGUAUGACUUGAAUACGCAUUGCUAUUAAUAGUAAAUAAAUAUAGACUUUAAAUAUGUUUUUCAUAUUUAUAAUA